AUGAUCUUUUUUCUGCUCGUCCUAUGCAUGUCGUCUGUCCGCGCCGCCUAUGUCGAGUUUCGCAACUGUCUGGACAGCAAUAUUGUCGAUUCCAAUCCGCGCAUCCUACAAUUUGAACCCUUCAAUGUAUCCGCCGUAUUCAACAGCUCUUCGUCGUCCGAUCGACAUCAUCUCAAUAUCACCGUUUAUGGCAAUGUCACAGGCAAGGCCACUGAACAACCUUACCCUCCUCCUGAUGAUCCGUCAUGGACCGAUCCCAACGAUACUUUUGGCAAGAUCCCCGAUUUGAGCGAGUCCAACAACAAGUAUACUACCCUCUUUGCUCGUGUAAAUUUCCUAGGGUACACUCCAUGGAACGCAGACCCUUCGCGAUUCUGUGAGUCCGUGGUCCAUGGAGACUGUCCCUUGGCUCCCGCAUUCUAUGUCAACGAGAGCGACUUGGAUCGAUUACCCGCAUUUUCUGUCGCACACGAUUUAUUCUCCAGUUACGCCUUUGCCUCACUUCAAGCCACCCUCAGAGUUCAGUCGGGCGAUGCCAGCGGCCAAUUCUACAGCUGCAUCACCGCCACACUUACUCCCGAUCUGGGAGGAUCUCUCAAGGCUAUCCUCAGAUAUGUACCGCUCGUGGUACUGAUCGUGGUCGGCGUCGCUACUAUCGCCGCCGCCAUCCUGAGCCCAUGGGGCUCUGCGGACCUGUUUCAGUGGAGCAGCAAUUUCGGGCGUGAUGAGGACUUGCUUCGCCUAGUCACCCCCGGAUUUGGGGACUGUCUGCAAUACAUUCAGUUUGUCGUCUUGACCGGCAGUCUGUCCUUGAACUAUCCUGGCUUUUACCAACCAGCAGUGAGCCGCGUCGCCUGGUCUUCGCUCAUGUUCAACGAGAGUUUCGUAACUGGCGGAAACGGCACCCAGAGCCUAGUCGACGGCAUUUACGAGUAUCGUACCGACACAAAAUAUGGCCUUGAUCGAAUGAGCCAACUGGUCGGUAUGACCUCGGACAAGGACAUUUGGGCAGAUAUGAUUGUCUGGCUGGUAGUCAUUGUCGCUUCCGUCUCAAUCUUGACUCAACUGGGCUUUGCAGUCCGCUGGAUUUACCGAAAAAUCAAGAGAGAGCCACCAGAGGAUCUCCGUUCCAAAAAUGGGCCAUUUACCGCCGGAAACGUGGUCCGCCUGGUCAUGAACUUCUUCCUGUUGCCUUUGGCAUCGCUGUCAUUCUAUCAGCUGGUGAUCGCAGGGAAAGGCCCAGCGUAUUCAGUUGCACUCGCAGCAGUGGCGCUGGUCAUCGUCGUCGCGUUCUGGAUCUGGUUGUUGUUGUUAUUUGUUCGGACGAGACCGCGCUCGUUCCUCUUCGAUGACCUUCUGAUGGUCCUCGCUUACGGACCUCUAUACAACACCUACUGCGAUGAUGCUGCCACUUUUGCAUUGAUUCCUCUUCUCGUGAACCUUAUCCGGGGCAUUGCGAUUGGAGCAGUUCAGCCGUCGGGAAUCGCACAAAUCGUGCUCCUGGCAAUCUGCGAGAUUGUUCUGAUUCUUACAAUCAAUGCUUUCCGUCCAUUCCCAUCAGCCACUUCCAUGAACAUCUAUCACACUUGCUUCUCAGUUAUCCGACUCAUCACCAUCCUUCUUUCUAUAGCCUUCGUGCCUACACUCGACGUUGAAGAUUCGUCGAGAGGCUGGAUCGGGUAUGCCAUCCUCAUCAUUCAUGCUUGUACUAUGGUUUUUGGAUUCUUCCUGAAUGCUGUACAAACAUUGGUUGAAGUCAUUGCUCGCCUUGCUGGUGCAGGUGGACGGGAUGAGGCGACGGGGGCCGCCACUAGAGGUGGGUUGAACAAGGUGUUUGGAAUGCGACAAUUGUCGCGACGGAUGCCGAGGCGGGCUACUCACGACCCGCGCCACAGUAUGUCAUCAAAUGCGGCCAUGUUCAACGCCAUCGAAAACGACCAGCAGAAGCUACAAAUGGCCAAGACUAGGUCUCGCAGUGUGUCUGCUGCGUCCGGCGUCCUGUUGGAAGGCGGCGCAAACUCCAACAGGAUCAGUCAAAACCUUGAUGUCCGCAUUGUCGGUCAGACCACGCCUGAUAGAUCCAGCAGGGGAUCAAGGCGACUCACAGCCAGACUUAGCGGCGCAGGAUCAUUGGGAGGAAUUGUCGGUAUUCAAAGGCAAGUGGAACAAAAAGACCCGUACUAUCGACCGCCGCGCAGGAAUACAAUGGAUGCACUCGCUGGAAUCGACAGUCGUCCAGAUCUAGCCCAAGUGUCGUCAAAGGGCGCCGCGGCAACUGAAGGCGCUGUCGAAGGCGAUGCCGGUGAAGGGCCUUCUACUCCCAUGCCUUUGGAGAACGACGACCUCGAAGACAACACCAACGAUUUGACGAGGACAAAGACCGACUAUGCUGUGAGAGAAGUUGACUUCUACUACGGCGUGCGUGGUGCUGCUCUCUCAAGUGGAACGAGGAAGCUCAAAACUGGGCCGGCUGACCCAACCGGGCCUGUCUCCACUGCCACCGGAUGGUUCAAAAGUCUUCUUGGUGGUAAGACAAAGGAAAAGAACAAGGGCUUCGAGGUCGUCAGAAGUGCUCGAGUCCCUCCUCCAGGGCUGUUUCCUCCACAAACUCCUGUCCGAGAAACCCAGAUCACCGAACCUUAUCACGACGAAGUCCGGACUGUAGAAGAGAGUCAGACUGAUCGAAACAGCGCAGGAGUUUCAUCUCCCCCUCCGCAACCGAGAGCCCAAAGACAGAGCCAAAACCAGAGUGUUUACGAUGACAUCUCUCUUGCAGACUCUGACGACGAUGACGAACCAGAAAGUCCCUUGCCAGCAAGACCGCCGUCAUUGCCCCUGAUCGAAUCCGUGGGCGGUAUUGAACUGCCUAGUCGCAUUGGUUCUGAAGCUUCAAGGAAGUCACGCGGCAAGCCCCCGCGGGCACCAGACACAGACAUUCCAGCGGUUCCUGCCAUUCCUCGCAAAAGUUCACGGAGACAAUCCGGCGGGGGUUCACAAGACAGACGACUAGCUGAAUCUGCAUUGUCUGCCUCAGGUCCAACCGACCCCAAGUCCCGAAAAGCGCCGGUUCAACCAAUAGGCACUAGUCGCAUUCCUUUUGCAAACACACAAUCUUCAACCGCUCGGAAUAAGAGGUACUCCACCGGCGCAGAAUCGACCACGUCGAGCGUAAUCCGCGAUGGAGACGAAAACAUUCCCCUGCAUCCCUCGUAUACAAGUCAGUUGCGGCAGUCGGCCACAUCCGCAUUAGGGGCCCAUGGGGCAGAUCUCCACAAUGACCGGCCAUCAAAUAUGGGGUUCGUUCAGCAACACAGGGCAAGCGAUCAUAUCCAUUACAGUCCGGAUUCGCCUGAAUUCGAGGGUAGCACCGCAGAAGUUCACGGGCGCCCGGGAUAUUGA